AUGGGAUGUGACAAUGAUGCAACAAUGGAUAGGAACACCAUUAUGUCGAAUAUAACAUCAAUAUUAACGGAUUUAAAAUCAGCAACAAUUGCACGUAUUUCCACUGAUGUUAGUCCAAUUGAAAUUUAUAUGCUAUAUAUCAUUGGUGGUUUUGGUGUAUUAACAAACUUGUUAACAAUACUUAGUCUAUUAAUUAUAAGAACAUUCCGCACGAAACACAGUUGUUUUUUAUUUCAUCAUUGCCUCAUUGGCUUAACAGAAUCCAUAUUAUGUAUACCAUUUGCAAUGUCCUAUUUUAUGAAUAAAAAAAAUAGUUUAGAAAAAAUGAUUAUUCCUUGUGAUUCAUUGGGACAUACGCAUCUGGCAUGUGUAACAGCACAAGUAUUAAAUAUUGUCGCAAUGGUGGCAUUGGAAGCAUACAGAUUUGAAGACUUGGUACAUCAGGAGUCAGCAACACCAUUAGCAACAACCACAGUAUCUGCAAAAACACGGCAAGCAGAACAUCAACUGUAUGAAACACGUAAUCAUCAUCAUCAACAACGAAAAUCAAGCGUAUUCAAAUCAACAAUAUCGUGUAGUUGUCUGAUAUUUGGCAUUGUUAUUAUAUGGUGUUCAUCUAUCAUCUUGCAUUUAGGUAUAACAUGGAUUGGUUCAGAAGCAAAAAUCUACUAUCAUUCAGUUCAUUAUUAUUGUAGUUUUAUCAUAACAGAUGUACGUGGUUAUGUAUUGUAUUUAAUGUGGAUUAUAAUUACAUUAUGUUCACUCAUCAUAACCAUUCGUUAUAUUCGUAAAGUAUACAUUGAAGUUAAACAAAAACGGAAACAUGAUGCACCGUUACUUUCGUUAUCGAUUAUCAAAGAAGGUAUUGAUAUUGCAAAUAAUGCAUUAGUUCUUCAACAAAUAUUACAACGGAUAACUGCGUACAAUUUCAUCAUAGCACUAUUCAUAAUAUCUUGGUUUCCAUUAUUCAUUGUGACAUUAUGUAAUACAAAGUUUGGAAUACCACAAUUAUUACGCAUUUUUCUACUGAUAGCCUGGUCAAAUUCUUCUGUGAGCCCACUAUGUUAUACGUUAUUGAUACCAAAAUUUGGUGACCAAUGUUUACCAUGUAUUAAAGGCGACAAUAGAAAUCAAUAUGAUACAAUGAAAUCUUAUUAUAAUCGUGUAGGCGAUCGAUUUCAUGACUUAGGCCUGUGGGAAGAACAUCAACGAGAAAAACAGCAACAAAAACAAUUAAAACCUCAGCGUCAUCGACUGUACCGUUCGAAAAAACGAAAUGUAACGACAACAUCAGGCGAAGAAGAGUGUGAAAUGAUAGAAUUGAACAGACAGCCAGAAAAAAUAUCUACCAAGAAAAAACAGCAACAAUAUUCAAAUCGUUCUAGUGAUAAAUUGAUGAUCAAUAAUUAUCGACGACCCUAUAUACAGCGUAAAUUUUUGAAUAAAUUACCGACAAUUGCUUCCUCGUCGACGCCGUCUUCGUCACCCACUUUUAAACGAUCUAUACUCUCGGAUUCAAGUCGUACAACGACUCAUCAACCGCAGUCAUCAUCAUCACAACAAGCACAAAUAUCAGGAAGUUCUUCUGCGUCAUCGAGUUCAUCGGUUUCUAGUCUCACAGAUGUGACAUCUCAGAAACAUCAUAAUACUAAAGCUGAAUCGAUUCGUUACGAUCAACCAAGACGCAUUCAUUUUGAGCAACAAGACUAUUCACGUCAAAAUCAGCAACCACACCGUAAAAAACGUCUGAUACAUUUCGAAGAACAGCAACAAGAACAACAGUUGAAGCAUACUACUAAUAACAAUAUGUUAAAGAGACGAACACGUACAGUAUUUGGUGUAAAUCAAUUACAAGAAUUAGAAAACGUUUUUAAAUUAUCUCAUUAUCCCGAUUCUGUAUUAAGAGAAAAACUCAGACAAGUAACUGGAUUAUCAGAAUCAAAAAUUCAAAUAUGGUUUCAAAAUCGUCGUGCUAAAUGGCGGAAGCAAAACCAAUUACGCCAUUUUGGUGGUUUAGAAGAUAUUGUCACAACAGAUUUCUUUGUACCAGCACCUAAAGCAACUUUUGUUCGUACAACUGUAGAUAGAGAACAUAAGAAUCAGAAUCCACACAAUCUGCCCAAUAAAUUCCCAAUGAUGACUGACAAUCCAAUACCAAUCUACUCAAAUGAUAUGUUAUCUCCAGCUCAUUAUUUACCAAAUUAUUUACUGUAUCACGUAUUUCAAAUGAUAAACGAUAUUUAUCCUAUGUCACAAUGA